AUGGCUCUGUCUUUCCAACACGGUUUCCCAACAUGCACUUCAAACUUGCCGUCGCGUGUUUUGUCGUCAACCUAUGCUACGCGAAUGACAGCAAAGAGUACAAAUACUUUCCGUUGGUCCAGGACCGAGCGUUCAUCGGAGGAGAGUGGGUGGAAGCUGACAGUAAGCUUACGUUUUCAGUUUUCAACCCCUGUAACAUGUCCGAGAUAGCAGCUGUUCCUGAUAUGGAUGUGAAGGAUGUCACCGAAGCCAUUGUUGCAGCCAACGCCGUGUUUGGUAACUGGAGCAGGUCUCCAUCACAGGAGAGAGCAAUGCUUUUGAGGCAAUGGCUGGAGCUGCUGAACCAGAAUGCUCAGGAGAUAGCCGAGGUCAUAACAUUAGAGACAGGCAAACCUUUAGCGGAGGCGAUAGCUGAGGUUGCCUAUGGAAACUCCUUUGUCGAUAUGUUUGCUGCUGAAGCGACCAGGAUACAGGGAGAAACAUUAACCAGUGGAGACAACAGCAAACAGCUUGUGUACCUCAGACAACCAAUAGGAGUCGUAGCCAUCAUAACUCCAUUUAAUUUUCCAUACGCGCUGCUGCUACGCAAGACGGCGGCCGCCCUGGCAGCUGGGUGUUGCUGUGUCAUUAAACCUGCCGAGGAUGCACCUUUGUCAGCUCUGGCUGCAGCCUCCACCCUGCAACAGGCUGGUUUUCCUAAGGGAGUGUAUAAUGUUGUUACAAGUUCUAAAUCAAAUUCUGCAGCUGUGGGUAAAGUUCUAUGCUCUCACCCUUCAGUGGCCGGGCUUUCAUUUACUGGAUCCACUGAAGUAGGCAAGUGUCUGUAUGGUCAGUGUGCCACUGGGGUCAAGAGGGUGAACCUAGAGUUGGGGGGAGAUUGCCCCUUCAUUGUCUUCCCCUCUGCUGACCUGGACCAUUCUGUCUCCUGCGCUCUCUACACCAAGUUUAGAAACUGUGGACAGGCUUGUGUGAGUCCAAACAAGUUUUUGGUGCACAUCAACUUUUUUGACAAGUUUGUAGAGCAGCUGGCAUGGAAGAUGAAGUAUGAACUUAACAUGGGCAGUGGCUAUGCUCCUCUCACCAACAUUGGGCCACUGAUCAACUCUGAUCAGCUUGAUAAGGUCAAGCGGCUCGUAGACGAUGCAGUCAGCAAAGGUGCGAAGGUCCAUGUUGGUGGAGGCCCCGCCAGCUACAUGGGGCCUCUGUUCUAUGAGCCAACGUUACUCACAAAUGUGAAGCCUGGCUCUGCUAUGUUGUCAGAAGAAAUCUUCGGUCCAGUUGUCGUCGUGAUGCCAUUCACGACAGAGGAAGAGGCUUUAAAACUUGCUCACAACACGUCCUACGGUCUGGCAGCAUACAUGUUUACCCAGGACAUUCAGCAGGCAUGGCGAGUGGCCAAGGCCCUGGACGUAGGCAUGGUGGGAGUCAAUGACCCGGUGUUGUCAACAGCGCAGGUCGCCUUCGGGGGAUUGCGCCAGUCGGGCCUCGGCCGCGAGGGCUCUCACCUUGGCAUACAAGAGUUCACCUUCGUCAAAACCAUCUGUUUUGGUAACUGCUGACACCAA